CAAGAUGAAGAUGGAACCCGUGACGAGGAAGACGAGGAGAAGUGUUACUUAGAGUAUCCUAACGUUGAGGAUGUAAACAAUGUGUGAUCUUAGCGAUGAAGAUUAGUGUGACUUUAAUAUAUGCUACUACGGUCCUUGAGCUCCCUAACAAGUACUAUCAAACAAUGUGUAUUUUGAAAAAUAAAAUAAUUUUGAAACUUUGAGUAUUUAUUCAAACAACGGAUAUAUACAGAGUUGAUAACUUGAUAUGGAUCCCCAAAUAAAUUGGUGCUACGCUGUCACAAUAUGUGUCUCUUUCCCUUUCCGUUGUUCCACGCUCUCUGUUUCGUGUUUAGGCAUUUUUCACAUUUUAUAUAUUUUACCUUAAUUAUACUUUUUGAAUUUUCCUUCCGUUUUGGGAAAUGUUUCUAACUUGAGUUAAUCGUCAAAAGCUAGAGUCAAUUUUGUUAUCUUAUUUCCGGUAAAUUAUAUUUUUUAAUUUCCACAAAUAUUAAAACAACACCAGCAACAUCCCGUGAAUCAUACCGCCUCACCUAUUUUCGCACCUAGUUGAAAAAUAAGAUAACAAAAGCAAAUAGAAAGGAGAGAGCAGAAGAGUGGAGAAAAGAAAUCCAAUGAUUGUAACAACCGAGAAACUUAAUUUUACGAGAAUGAAAAAAAAAUAUUCGCAGUUAAUUAAUUUAUUAAAUCAAUUAAUAAUAAAUUAUGUGUACCGAGUAACCGAGUGGAGAAAUCAAAUCAAGUCUAACACCAAGCAACACUGAUUCGCAAAUCUCUAUCUAUAUCACCGAUUAACGACUGGAAGAAAAGAAAACUUUAUGUAAUUAAUUAUUUUAUUAUUAACAUGUAUACAACAACGGUAUAAACUUUCAACGGCUAUAUGAAAUAGUGAAAAAUGGAAAUUACCGAGUAAGAAAAUGGAAAUUACCGAGUAAGAAAAUUGGAAAUUACACUGAUUUAAUUGUUAAAAAAGGAAAUCAGCAAGGAUCAUCAAAAUCUAUAAAUAUACGCAGCCCUAAACCUUCUGGUCACGCUACUAAUAAUCACUCACAAUUCACUUCUCUCUGUAAAACUCUCUAAGCUUUUUGUUUUUGCCAUGGAUUCUCUUUCUUCUUCUACUUCGACAAAGAUGAAGAACAACAACAAGCUCUCUGUCAGAAACGAAACCCGUUUCAAGAAAUCAUUCUUGUUGUUAAGAGAGAAGACCGUUCUCAAGAAAGCGUUAGAGCUUUCCAUUCUCUGCGACAACGAUAUUUGUGUGAUACAUUACGAUCGCGAAGGAAAUCUCGUCAACACGUACCCUGAAGAUCAGUGCCAAGUCAAAGACAUUCUCGAGAGGUAUAACAGAUUAAGCGACAGAGAAAAAAUCAAGAAAAACACAAAUCUUUCACAGUUCUAUAACAAGAAACUCGUUGACGAGAAGAGGAGAUCCCUUACCGACGCAGAGGAACGCAAAAAGUUCACAAAGAAAGUUGGAGAGUUCAAGGGUUCGCUUGUAGAUCAGUUACUUGUAUUACAAGACAGGGCUCGUUACCUUCUUUACUCCCAGGAUCAUCAGACCGAGCCUUCUUCUGGCUUCUUACCCCACAAUGACUUCUCCUCUUCACUAAUAGACGAGGUGGAUCCAUUGAUGAACUUUUGUCCGCCGGUAAUUGAUAAUCUUGUUUCUGAUCAUCAACAACAAAUAGGAUCAUCAAUAACGAAUCUUCUCAUGAGUGGUGAUAAGUCAACACCUGCCGGUUCCUCCAAUCAUCAGAGUAAAUUCUCAAUGUUUCUGUUUAACCAUGAAACCGCUACGUUUACUCAACUUCCCAACUCUGUUUUUUCAAGCUUUGACCAAGGGUUGACUCCGUGUAGCAACAAUCUCCUUACGGCUUCACAUGGGGCACAAGAUUAUAACUUUGGUUACGGAAACAAUCUGAACGCACAAGGGUUCAACUUUGGGUGCAGCAACAAUCUCAACACACAAGGCUUUAACUUUGGGUGCAACAACAAUCUAUGUGCAUGACUGAGCACUUUGGCUAAGGCACUUCAGCCUCGUUUAGAUCCUCACAGACACCACAUUGGAACUCUUACUGAUCAACCCAUGGCUUCUGAUUAAUUCAUCUUAUUAAUCAAUUGUGUAUUUACUCAUUUUGUUUUUGCAUUUGUGUAAAUCUCUGGAAAUCAAGUUCGUAUUCCUUUUUUAUCACUGAUUA